CCUCCAACCAAACAAAGCAUACAGUCCCAAAAAUUGGAGCUUGUUUGGGCGUCAUUUGGCGCCCUAUUGCAACGGACACAACAGUCACAAGGAUACCGAAAAACUCUGCAGCUUUUUCAUGGCUCCCCGUAAUUCUCUUCAUCGUUGGGGCCCACCAACCCCAAACCCUCCUCAUCCCGUUUCCCAUCUUCUCUCUCAUCUUCUCUGCAACUCCCAUUUUUCUCUCCUAGGGUUUUGCGUUGCUCUCCCCAUGGAAGAUGAAUACCAUCCGUCCCCAUACGCCCUCUAAAAUUCGCCACUUCGCCAAACCAACCUUGCUGAUCUACGAUCACGAUAAGCCCUGGUGGGGUCAGAUUCUUGAUCCGGGAGGUGAAAUCGUGAACAAAUGGAACCACAUCUUUCUCGUGGCUUGCUUGGUAGCCCUCUUCUUGGACCCUGUCUACUUUUUCCUCCCCGAAAUCGGAGGCAAAGUUUGCAUGGGUACCGACAUGGGUUUGGCCAUCUCUAUCACGGUGUUGCGAUCGAUCGUCGAUUUGUUCUCGCUGUUGCAUAUGGUGAUGAAGUUCAGGACGGCCUACGUGGCGCCCAGCUCUAGGGUUUUUGGGAAGGGUGAGCUUGUUAUGGAUCCGGGGAGGAUCGCAAUUCGCUACCUGAAAUCGGAUUUUGUCAUGGAUCUCGCUGCAACACUUCCCCUCCCACAAAUUGUCAUCUGGUUUAUAAUUCCAGCAGUGAAAAGUCAUACAGCUCAUCAUGCUAACCACACGAUUUCUCUGGUUAUUGUCCUCCAAUAUAUUCCACGAAUCUUUGUCAUUUUCCCUCUGAACCAACGGAUUAAUAAAACGACUGGGGUUAUAACUAAGACUGCUUGGGCAGGGGUUAUAUACAAUCUCCUUCUCUAUGUUCUAGCUAGUCAUCUUUUAGGAGCUUCAUGGUAUGUACUGUCCAUUGAGCGGCAGUACUCAUGCUGGAGGACAGAAUGUACAAAUGAGCAUAAUGGCACACACUCUCCAUCUUGUUCACCAUUGUUUCUCGAUUGUAAAAAUUUUGACCUCCCUGAACGUCAAUAUUGGUCGAAGUCCACUGAAGUGCUUACUAAGUGUGAUGCUUUGAAUACUAAAAUCGAAUUUAAGUUUGGCAUGUUUACCGAUGCCUUCAAAGAGGAUGUUGCUUCCUCUGGAUUCAUUGAUAAAUAUUUUUACUGCCUUUGGUGGGGUUUGAAGAAUCUAUGUUCAUACGGACAGAAUUUGAGUGCAAGUUCUUAUCUUCUCGAAACACUAUUUUGUAGUCUUAUUUGCAUCACGGGUCUAACUUUGUUUGCCCUACUCAUUGGCAACAUCCAGAGCUACCUGCAAUCUACGACAGCUAGACUUGAAGAAUGGAGGGUUAAACGAAGAGAUACAGAGGAGUGGAUGAGGCACCGUCAACUGCCUCCAGAACUGCAAGAUCGUGUCCGCCGGUUUGUUCAAUAUAAAUGGCUUGCUACAAGAGGAGUAGAUGAAGAAGAUAUUUUGCGUGCCUUACCCUUGGACCUCCGACGUCAAAUUCAAAGGCAUCUUUGUCUGGCACUUGUCCGCCGUGUUCCUUUCUUCUCAUUAAUGGAUGAUCAGCUCUUAGAUGCAAUAUGCGAACGCCUCAUCUCGUCCUUGAGCACCAAAGACACCUACAUUGUUCGGGAAGGUGAUCCAGUGAACGAGAUGCUUUUUAUUAUCAGAGGCCAGCUUGAGAGCUCCACAACUAAUGGUGGACGCUCUGGAUUCUUCAAUUCCAUUACUCUAAAACCUGGUGACUUCUGUGGCGAAGAAUUGUUAACAUGGGCCUUGAUGCCCUCUUCAAACAUAAACCUUCCAUCAUCAACUCGAACAGUCAAAUCAGUUAGUGAAGUGGAAGCAUUUGCUCUUCGAGCUGAAGACCUCAAGUUUGUCGCGAAUCAGUUUAAACGUCUUCAUAGCAAGAAACUACAACAUGCUUUCCGGUACUAUUCACACCAAUGGAGAACGUGGGGAGCUUGCUUCAUACAAGCUGCAUGGAGACGUUACAAAAGGUGGACGCUGAACAAGGAAUUGGCAAGACAGGAGAGCUUGUAUUAUAUGCGACUUUCUGAUGCAGAGAGCUGCUACAAUGAUGACUUCUCGGGUGCUGAAUACGAAGACAGUGGUGCUCAUAGCUCGGCAACAGACCACGGUGGACAGCAUUCUCAAGCUACGAUAUUGGGUUCGAAAUUUGGAUCAAGUACUCGAAAAGGGGUUCACCAAAAGGUCCCAGUGGUUGAACCUGCUGCCACGAACUUGCAGAUGCCAAAGCUGUUUAAGCCAAAUGAGCCUGACUUCUCUGCUAAUAAUGAGGACAUUUAACUUGUAUGAAAAUUAGUUGAUUCAGAAUGGAGAUAUAAGAGCCAUGAUAUGAUGACAUAGGUAGGCAGCUUGUAACAUUUGUGUAUACUCAUUGGCACGUGGUUAUUCAUUAAUUUCAUUUUUUAUGUUUAUAUAUAACCAAA